AUGCCUCGCUCCGUGCGAGGGCUCGGAGACUCUCGGGCGGGGGAGAGAGAGAUACUCAAGCAGGAGUCGUACAGGAUCAAGGGAGGCGAGUCUGGAGGUUCGCCGGGGGAUGACGAGUCUUCGGACGCGGCGUCCGCGCUGCGCGUGAGCGAGGCCUGGGCGACGGAAGCGUUUCGGCUGCCCGCCGACUUCCUGCACACCCUGGCGCAGCCUGGCAAGAAGAAGAGAGGUCGGUCCAAGAACAAGAAUGACAGGGACAACGGGGACACGACGCCCUUCCUCCAGGAGAUGCCCAACGCCGCCCCGCGGCAGACGUCGUGGGCGCAGGCGAGACCUCAGGCGCUGGAGCACCCGCAGCGGUCCGGGCGGCAUCGAAAGGGGGCCAAGGGGAUGACAGAGCCACGGAUGAACAAGGACGGGUCGCGAGAGAACACCGGAGAGAACGAUGCGGACGUCUUCGAUUUCUUGACGCAGCUCUUCGGCUUCCAGCGGGACAGCGUUCGGAACCAGAGAACGAGACGAUUGGGAGGGGGGAGAAGCUGGGACAGCGUUCGGAACGAGAGGGACAACGCCAUCACGCUGCUAGCGAGCCGGCUGUCGCGGAGCGUUAACCACGCAGGGUCGGACUUGCACUCGCUCACGCCGGAUAAGGUGGCGUAUGUCCUGGCGACUUGGAGGAAGGAGCAGCUGGCGAACUACAAGAAAUGGUGUAAGCAUAUCUGGAGCUGGCAGAUCAAGCUCAAGAAGGUCCUGCCGGACGACCAGCGACUCGCGUGCGCUUUCGAGAUCGCGCUGAACCUGCUGUUGUGGGGAGAAGCGGCCAACCUCAGGCUGUGCCCGGAAUUCUUGUGCUGGGCGUACCACAAGAGCGCCAAACGCCUGAGGGAUGCCAUCGGGGACAGGGCUCCGGAGCAGUUCAUCAGGUCCUACCUCAAGGAAGUGAUCCAGCCAUGCUACCUGACGCUGGCGGAGCAGUACGAGGACCGCAAGGCCGGGUCUCGGCCAUAUAUGGUGAAGAACUACGACGACUUCAACGAGACGUUCUGGCAGAGGAGCUGCUUGGGCCUGGACGUGGUGGGGCUGACGCAGGACGCCGUGAGGAGGAAGUUCACCAAGACGUUCGUCGAGAGGCAGUCGUGGUUGGUGCCGAUGGUGAGCUUCUGGAGAGUCCAGAUGAUGCUGUUUUGGGGCCUACACCUCCUGGUCGUGGCGUCCGUGUGCACCACGGACGGGGGCUGCGCGGGCGACAGCGACAUCGCCUACUGGUACUCCGCGGUCUUCACCCUGGCAGGGUGCUACGUGUUGAUCGAUUUGUACCAGAUCAUCUUCGUCACCUGGCGAAAGGUCUUCAUUCAGUGCCAUCUGCUGACGGUGAUCUCCACCCUCGGGAGAGCGUUUCUGAAGGUUGUGGCGUUCGCGUGGCUCUACACCAACUACCCCAACGACGUCUUCGUCAACUCCGCAAGGCUGUACUACGGGCUGGUGGCGCUGCUUGAGCUGGUCAAGUUUACGCCGCUCAUCGGCGCGUUGCAGGGCACAGUGGGGCCUUGGUCCAUCGUGAUCAACGUCCUGCUGGGCGUCGACGCUGCGGCGUCUUACGCGAGAAUUGAUCGGCUUCCGGGCAAGCGUAAGGUUCUACUAUACAGCUUGUUCUGGACCGUGGUUCUCUCAGCCAAGUUCCUGUUCAACUUUUUCUUCAUGAUCCGACCGCUCGUCGAGUCGACGCGGACCGUGUGGAACCUAGACAUCAGCGGAAGGUACGACCUCGGUUUCGUGUCUUUUCGCGAUACCCACAACGUCGGCAUCCUGGUCGGCGUGUGGCUUUCUGUGGCGUUUGUAUAUUUCAUCGAUCUUCAGGUGUGGUUCAUCAUUGCCGAGAGCGUCAUGUCGGCCUGCUACGGCGUGGCGAGGCACGUGGGAGAGCGGCUCAACCCGAACGAGAUCUGUGGGUCCUUCGAGCAGAUGUAUAAGAUUUUCUUCAGGUACUUGGACGCCGAGGACCAACAGAAGCACUUCCGCUUCGCGUACGUCUGGAACGAGGUGGUGGACGCAAUGCGCAAGGAGGACGUCAUCGGUGACCGAGAGAUGGCCGGCCUCAAGUACUUCGUCGUGUCCCUGCACCGCCCCAACAGCGUCCUGGCGUUGCUGCCCGGUUUCCUGGUGUCGGGCAAGAUCCAGGGCUCCGUCAAGACGGCGAGGGACUUCGCCAGGCAGCAGGACGAGCUGAUCAAGGACCUCGUCGCCGUGGAUGCCUGGGGGAAAGGCGAAGACAAAGGAGCGCGGUACGAGGCGGCUGAGAGACGAAAGCCAGCGACCGGUUUCUUCGACAUGAUCGAGAGCUUCGCCAUGCCAGACCACGACGAAUACGGCGUCGCUCGGGCGGCCGACCUCAAGGUCGUGAAGCAAAUGCGGACGCUGCGGCUGGAGCAGAAGAGGUUCCUCCGCGGCAUGCUGUCGGUGUCCGACGCCAUCAGGGAGGUGGCGUUUCUCCACCUGUUUCUCAGCGUCUUCUUCCUGGUGGAACACCUCUGCCAGAGCGAGGCCAUCUGCGCGGGACUGUGGGAGCUGUACGAGUUCGUCACCGGACUGGCCGGCUCGAACGACGCGGCCGGCUCCAUAGCCGACACGCUCAUGGAAGCCAACCCGAACCGGGCGAUCUUCCUCCUCCACCAGUGGCCGGACGUGGUCUCGGCCCUCGAGACGCUGGUGGCCGCGUUGCUGAGCAAGAACGGGCGGGCGGCGAGGAACGUCCGCAAGGCCAUGGAGAAGCUCUGCCUGGCCAUGGCGGCCUUCAUCGACCCCUCCACCCACGGCCACGGCAUGAGGCAGGAAGAGGAAGGGGGGUGGUCGGCCGGUGACGGGAGCGGGCAGCUGGGCAGGCUGCGACACAGCAUGGAGAAGCUGCAAUCUGCGCUGAUCGCGUGGCCCAAGUCCGCCAAGAUCACGCAGGAAGAGGUGGACGCCCUGCACAAGGACCACAACGAGUUCCUCAUGAGGUUCCACAGCCUGGUUUCCAGCACCAACAGACCAGGCCACGUGGAAAGCUGGGAAGGGCAACGACGGGUGGCUUUCUUCGUCAACUCCAUGUACAUGAGCCAGCCCGAGGCAACGCGAGUGGAGAACAUGCCGGCGUUCAGUACGCUGACGCCCUACUACUCCGAGGAGGUGAUCCUCUCGGUCGACACGCUGUGCGCCCAGACCCCCGACGGGGUGACCACUCUGGAGUACCUGCAGACCCUCUUCCCCGAGCAGUGGAUGGCGCUGGUAGAACGCGUCCAACGGGAGAUGCCGGACGUGGAUUUUCUCUACAACGUCAACAGCAGCCGGGAGGUGGGGGUACUCAACUCCAUGGACCCGCGGGCCAAGAUGGAGCUGCAGCUCUGGGCGUCCUACCGAGCACAGACCAUGGCUAGGACCGUGCGAGGGAUGAUGUACUACGAGCAGGCCCUCCGGCUGCUGGCGGUGGUGGAGGCGGAGGACUUCUCCCAGCAGCUGUAUCGCAACGUCAACAUGGCCAGCGCCAACCCUCUGUUCGAGCGGAGGGGCAAGCGGGCCUACGUGUCCGUGCUUCAGGGGCAGCUCCGCUACAACUCGGACAGCAGGGAGGCCGCGAGUGCCAAGUACACCUACGUGGUGUCUUGCCAGCAGCAUGCAAAGCUCCUGAGGUCGGGUAAGGAUGAGGAUCGAGCCAAGGCCAAAAGCGUGGAGCUGCUCAUGGAGAUGCACCCUUCCCUCAAGGUGGCAUACGUGGAAUCAGGCAAGGACGGCCGGCACCACUCCGUGCUCAUCCGCUACGACGAGGCCCGGAGCCGCAUCGUGAAGCAGUACGAGGUGGAGCUGCCGGGGCCCAUCCUUCUCGGGGAGGGGAAGCCGAACAACCAGAACCACGCCAUCAUCUUCACGAGGGGGGAGGCGGUCCAGGCUAUCGACAUGAACCAGGACGGAUCUCUCGAAGACGCACUCAAGGCUAGGCAACUGCUGGGCGAGUUCGACUUCAACGGCGGGGGAAACCACGCCAGGAUAGUGGGUUUCCGCGAGUUCGUGUUCACGCACGACGUCAGUUCCAUCGCGAACUUCUUCAGCCUCCAGGAGCUUUCGUUCGUGACGAGCAUCCAGCGGUUCUUGGACAAGCCGCUCGCCGUCCGAUUCCACUACGGGCAUCCUGACCUUUUCGACAAGGUGUCGGCGAUGACCUUGGGAGGCAUCUCGAAGGCGUCGAAGGGCAUCAACCUGUCCGAGGACAUCUUCGGGGGAUUCAACUUCAUCCUCAGGGGAGGCAAGGCCACCCAGGCGGAGUACAUCCAGGUGGGCAAGGGGCGAGACGUAGGGCUCGGGCAGAUCACCGGCUUCGUGGCCAAGAUCAGCAUGGGCAACGGUAUGCAGGCCCGAUCCAGGGAGGUGCACCGCAUCGCGCAGCAGCUGGACAUCUUUCGUCUCCUGUCCUUCUUCUACAGCAGCGUCGGCUUCUACCUCAACCAGGUGUUCUUGACGCUGUCGAUCUGGCUCUUCGUGUACGCCAAGGUGUACCUGGUUUUCGACAGCCGCACGGCAGAUCUUGGGGCCAUCGACCCGAUAGUUGCGACGGUGGUCUCCACGGAGUACGUCUUCCAGCUGGGAUUCAUGCUCGUUGUUCCCGUCCUGCUGGUGAUGGCGGUGGAGAGCGGGCUGUCAAGGGCGAUUCGCAAGUUCGUGGAGAUCAUCCUGCGAGGCAGCGUCCUGUUCUUCAUCUUCCUUUCCGCCACCAAUGCCUACUACGUGAACAAGGCGUUCUUGACGGGGGAGGCGAAGUACAUGUCGACCGGGAGGGGCUUCGUCAUCGUGCACGACCGUUUCCUGUCGCAGUACUGCCGCUACCUCCAGAGCCACUUCGCGCCGGCCUUCGAGAUAAUGCUCCUGCUCAUAGUAUACUGGCAUUUCGGGUCCAAGCAGACGGGCUUCCAGUACUUGGCCGAGACCUUUUCCGUCUGGCUGCUGGUGGUGGCGUGGCUUUGGUCGCCGGUGAUCUUUAACCCCAACGGCGUGGAGUGGCUGGACGUGAUCAAGGACUUCGACGGAUGGCUGUCGUGGAUGAUGGCCGGGGAUGACGACCCGGACAAGAGCUGGCACGCCUGGUGGAUCCAGCAGAACGCCGAGCUAGCUGACGUCAUGUUCCGGAAGAAGGUGGUGCUGUUCGUGUGGAGAUGCCGCUUCUUGGUGCUCGUGUGGGGGUUCGUGACGUCCAUCAAGCUUUCCAGGGUGGAGAAGGAAAUGAGUGUGCCCGAGAUCCGGUGGCUGCUGCUGGGUGUCGUGUUUGCGGUUCUCGUCAUCAUAGUCUGGCAGGGCGUCGCCGGCGUCCGCACGCGCACAUCCGGAGCGGGAGGAAGCACCUCUGGGCGUCUGUUGGGCCUCCUGGUGUCGAUGGCGUUAGCCUCGGCCAUGCUCUUUCUGCCGGUCUUCAACAUCGUGGCGUUCGAGCAGAUGCUAUACUUCGCCGGUGCCGUCGGGUUCCUGUUGUACUUCUUGGUGGUGCAGGCCAGCCUGUCGUCGAGGGUAGUCGGGGGGGGCAACGUGCACAAGGCGGUGGACGGGGCGGGGAACAACAUCGUCUGGACCACGUACAGGGCGGUGCACCUGACGAUCGGGCUGGUGAUCAUGAUCCCGACCCUGCUGGUGGCGUUCUUCCCCUUCAUGACCCACUUCCAGACCCGCAUGAUGUUCAACCAGAACUUCAGCGCCAGAUUUACCUCCGCCAAGCUGUUCGCCACCGAGAGAGAGAGGCAGCAGGCGCGGGGCUGGAUAGCUGGGGACGAGCAGAAACGGGGGGGAGGAGGGGGCAGCAAGGGGGAGGACGGCGGCGGGAGCAAAAGCCCCCCGCCCCUGGAAGAAUCAUCCGGGAAGGGGAGGCGAGACAGUCACCAUUCGGGGUCACCACCGCCGCCGCAACCCCCGCCGCGCCGCGGCGGGCAUGGGGAGGGCAGGGGUGCAGUAGGUUCGGCUUUGCCGCCGGUGCGCUCUGCCGCGCGCCACGACGCCGGCCGGAAUUCCAGGACUAAGGCAGCAUGAAAACGCAGUGUGCGGAUCAGCGGUUCUGACUGUGACCGGGGGCACGCGUGAAUGCGGGAGUCAGGGCGUGCGGUGUCCACCCUUUGCAAUUGACUUUCGGAGCGGCGGACUGCGAUGAUCACUCCCGAUAGCUCGACGUCUACAAGGAUCCGCUUAGUUGGAGUGAGACCUCUCCCGAAAGCAGAGUUUAUUCGCAGAUGCUCUUCGACUUAGUUUAGGGCGUUUUUUGGGUUGGGAUGGACCUGACCAAUCGAUUCCGCGAAUCUCUGCGGACAUCUAGACGCUUCAUGUUUUCUAUUCCACCGGACCCCCGAAGGUGUGUAAUUUUCUUCAUUAAGCAUCGUCCUUGUCACCCAGCCGAGUGAUUGUUAUUUCGAUGGCCCUGUCUCCGGGCCAAGAGGGCGUGUUUUAGUGUCUUUGGAAAGGUGUAUAGCUGAUAGGGCAGGUUUAGCUCUUGUACUGCGACAGAUGCAAUUUUGGGCAGUGUGGUUGUAUGGGCGAUAGGUUGUCAAGCCCGAGUCGCCACGCUUCUAGUGUAACAAUGUAAGUAGUGGUCACGCUUUGCAUACAAAUGUAACAAGUGUCGCAGUGUUCGAGGGUCCAUUGGUUUUGUGUGAAAUUACGAGGUCAUGCUCUAGCCAUGUUGGCUAGGCCCUCUCGUCAGCACAUACCACAAAGCACAAAUUUGCGUGGUUGAUUUUUUGCCCAAUGCUAUGUUGAGAGCUGAGGCCUGGCAUGGAUGGGAGCCCCGAGUACUCCUGCCCGAA